CAACGCUUUGCUUUAACUACUCGUCCGCAGCCAGUCAAGUGUGUUAACUAUAGUUCGCCGGAGGAGCUACCGUACUGUAUGUGGUCCACGACUCAAACUGACACAUUAUGACAAUGACAGUGGAAGUGUAGCUGCAGCCUACCAUUUGACAGGUCGCUGUCAUUGUCUCCGCGACAUACCUUACUCGAAGUUUAAUUCCACGCCUCGACGGAAUAGAGAACAAUCAUGGUUGCCUAUUUCGAUUACCUCCCUCGGGGAUAAGCCUCGGAGAUGAUACUUUGCGAUAGUCCGUCUCCGAGCUCAACGGAGUAUAUAGGAAAAUGUCCGAGCAGUUCAAUCGAUUAUCGUACGAUAUACCCAUUCUCUUUGAAGAUCAGCGUGCCGGGAAAGACCACCAUUCUCUCAAAAGCAUAGCGUCGCAAACCAACCCAGCUACGAUGCUCCGGUCCCUUCUGUCGCGCGGCGGCCUGAUCCGCAACGACGACUACAUCUUCCCCAGCGUGGAUCCCACGCAAGACGGGCCCGACUGCAAGCAAGACUGCGUCGACUGCACGGUACAAUUCCCAUCGAAGGUGAAGGUCGAGACCUCCCGGCCGCUGUACGGACACAUCAAAGAAUUCCACACCCACGUCUUGGUCGCGACAGGGAAGUCGGACUGGACCGAACAUGUUGAGAACGAGAAGGGAUCUCUCAUGGAGGCAUUCGAUGCUUCAUCCAACCAGUCCAAACACGGGCGCAUGAUGAUCUCAGCCUCAAAUCUCCAGUCCCACCACGAGAAAGAAGAAGAAGACGACAACAACAACAACGACAACAACAACGGGACGACAAUUCUUCUCCUCCCCUCCUUCACCUUCCUCGACUCCGUGCACAAAGCCGACGUACGCGAGGUCGUUGACCGAUACAUCGACGCCCCGCUCUCCAACAAAGGCCUCGUGGCCCACGAUCCCGCAUCGCGACUGGCCCCGCGACCAUGCCAGUACGACUACGUGGUGCUGCUCUGCUCCCACCGACGGCGCGACGCGCGCUGCGGGAUCACCGCUCCGCUGAUCAAGAAGGAGCUGGAGCGACAUCUGCGGCCGCUGGGGCUGUAUCGCGACGCGACCGACGAGCGGCCCGGCGGCGUGGGCAUCUUCUUCGUCUCGCAUGUCGGCGGCCACAAGUUCUCGGCGAAUGUGCUGGUGUAUCGGAAGGCGCAGGAGCAGAUGAUCUGGCUGGCCCGGAUCCGGCCGGAGCACUGCGAGGGCAUCGUCAAGUACACGCUUCUGCAGGGCAAGGUGGUGCAUCCUGACUCCCAGUUACGGGGUGGGUUCGAUCGAUGUCGUGGUUUGACGAGUUGGUGAUAGAAUUUUGUUCUCAGUGAUCAUGAUUAAAUCUGUAUACUUAGCUAAUACCCAAUCAAGUCAUAAGAAUAAUUAAAUCUCAGGUACGG